AUGUUUAAGGUUCCUCUGGACUUCCUUGGAUUAGAAGUGCCUAUUGCCUGCACCGACGCUCGAUAUGUUGAUGACUCGGGUACUAUCAUAGAAGCUACGAAGGUACAUGAGCUCCGCCUUUACGAUCCUCGUGCACAGCGUCGUCCAGUGAAGAAGAUUCCUUUCAUGAACGUACCAAUAACUGCUUACAAAGGACAGGCAGGAGCGAUUCGUUCUAUUGAUGCACACCCGACUGCCCCCUACGUUGCUACAUGCGGUAUCGAUCGAUUUGUUCGCGUGCACGAUAUCGAUACGAGGAAGCUUGCUCAUAAGAUUUACUGCAAAACUCGUCUGAACAGAGUACUGCUUCGAUCUGAAAUGCCGAGCUUGACAACCGUUGUAGAGGGCAAUGACGAAGAGUGGAUGGAAUUGAAGCAUGAGCCGGCUCCAAAAGCGAAGAGAACUAAGUCGAAGAAAAGAAAGGAAGGGCUCGGAGUGGAAGAGGAAUCUGUUGAACCGUGUAAAAAGGCCAAGAUCGUCAAAGGAGUGAAGCGACACGAUGAAAUCAAGGAGGAGGUGGGAUCUGAUGUGAGAGCCUCGAAAACGCAAAAGGGUUCCGAGGCCGGUAGUGUGCGUUUCUUAAGGAGAUGGUGA